AUGGCAUCCCCACAGCCGCCGUACGAGGAUGUACACAAGGCGCGCAACAACCACCGACGCACGCGUUUGAACGCAUUGAGGGCUAUGUCCCUUUCGUCGCAUCUCAACGGGAGCGCCUUCGCGUUGCUCUAUGUCUCCCCCGUCGGCGAGAUCGAGACCUUCUCGACGCCCUCGCUGAGGCCCCACCUCGGUAGCUGGUUCAACAUCAAGGUCCGCAAAGAGGCCAAGCGCUCGGCCAUCAAAUACUUUCGUACCAGAAGACAUAUACAAGGCGAGUUCGCGAUCGCAAACGACUUUCGAGGCGAGUACGACGUCGAGGAACCCGAAGCUCCGACGAAAACGAUCACCGGCAAGCCGAGGUGGCCGCGAUCUCGCACGGCUUCGGCACGCGCGAUCGUCGAAGACGACUGGGGGGGAGAGGAUAGCCCCAUGCUAGGUGCUGAAACGGCCUUGAUCCUGCCUUCUCUUGAACCAAAGCAUGCGACCGAGUCGGGCGCGAACCAGGCUUCUGCGCCGGCGUCAAGAGAGAGGGAAUCCCCGCCAGACGCCGGAAGCGCCGCAAACACUCAUCUGAGGACACCUGGACCCAUGACCAGGCAGAACCGACCCGCACGGUCACCUUCGUCUGCGGGAGCCCGUCCUACCUCCAGCGAAGGCGGCUUUGGCCGAUCCCCGUCCAUGGGUCAGCUUGGCCUGGACGAUAUCGCUGCAACCGGGAGGAGAGAUCUCGAUGCCCAUGGACGACCUACACCACCGCUGUCGACGUCUCCUACUGAGCUUGACGUCACAUUGUCGCAGGCUUCGACCUCUCCUCGCCCUCCACCGUGCCGGCUCGUCCCCACCCUGCUGGACCCGCAGUCGAUCUCGAAAUGGUAUCUAGGCAGAUUCUCGGCGAUUCCCCACGAGCAACAGUACGAGCUUUGUGCAUUGUGGAUACGAGCCCUAGAGCCCGAUCACAAGGUCAAGUUUCCUUACAAGACCAGCGGAUCGACUCUUCAACCAGCGUGGUGGCCUGCAGGGGUGCCACACAAGCCGCCAUCCCGCCUGUCCGAAACAGGUGAGCCAGUGUCGGUGAACAAACCCAUAUAGCCUGGGGCUAACGCUGACCCUGCACAUGUCAUCUACGCAGAGCGAACCCUUCUGCUCGAGGCCAUGAUCCACUCUCAUGAUCGACCGUUGUACCAGCUGGAAGAGAUGACCGCCCAAGAUUCGUUUGCGAUCUCUCUCGAGCUCGACUAUCUGCUUAAUGAUAUCUACAAAGUCGUCAAGCUGCAGAGGCGAGGGCAGAAUAAUGUCGAAGGUAAGGGUCGACGCUUAUCAUGCUAGAGCAGGAUUUUGAAACCGUAACUCAUGCUCUCUGCACAUUUCCUCACCCGCAGGAGCGCUAUUCCCUGCCUUUAGUGUGGAGGUCCUCCCCCUCGACUCGGAGGUCCUCGAUUUCGUGGCUGGCGCUUUAACCGUUGUGCCGGAGGAGGAACCCGGUCGCCCGACAGGUGACGCCAACACGAAUGUGCUUGCCUCCCCCAUCAAGCCGAAUGAGAAGAGCUCUACGGGAGGAUCCAAAGGAUCACGACACCGGUCCCGCAGUUCGCUCUCCUCCGCGCCAUCAACAUCCGCGACCACCGUCUUCGGAGCGUCACCAGCACCGCGGGCGCGGACCUUCGCGCAUCCCUACGCCUUGUCGCGAUCCACCAGCGUUCAGGACGUCGGCAUAAACGGCCUGUCGCUUGCGACAGGGUCCCAACCGCUCUUGCGCAGUCACUCUAUCAAUGGCCCUGGAACUUCUCUGGACGAUGCGAUGGCCAACAGGGAUCGCGGCAUUGCGUCCAGUAUGGCCUCGCGAGCCCAUCGAACACCUGGUCCAAAGCAAGCCUCCGAUAUUGGCAACAUUCGUACUUUGGAGCGUCCUUCGACAGCGACGACAUCCGCUGCCUUGCAGCGCGCACUCGAGAACGGGCUGGACGAUCAAGACGACGCAGCGCUCAAGUCGCCGUCUGAUGGCGCGAGUGCCUCGCGGCGUUCCCACCACCGCGAGCCGGCGUUCGCCUCCCCCGCUAUGAUCAAAUCUGCCAGCCGGAACAUGGUCUUUGAUUCCAUACCGGAAGCUGGCGGGAUGGCCCCUUCGCCCUCUCGUAGUGCACCUGUGGCAAUAGUCAAGAAGCCAGCUGCGUCGAAGCCCCUCUCUCGCCAAGGCUCUCGCGCCUCGGCGGCGAAGAAGGACCGAGUACGCGCUUCGGCCCCCAAGCCGAUUACAAUACACCCGGCUCAUCAGCUGGGAGAGCUCGCUGUCGAAAUAGCUGGCGCGGACUAUCCCACCCCGACGUACUCUACACCGUCGCACAUGGCCCGGUCGCAGUCCGCAAGGCAGGCCUUCCAGCAGGCUCCCGAGCCCUCGCAGCAGGCCAUGUCCCAUCCUCACUCGUCGCAAUUCCCGCAAUCGGCACAAUUCCAAUCGUCGCAUCUCGAAACCCCCACCCAGUACGGGCAGCCGCGUUACACGAUCCCUCAUCCUCAACAACACCAAGUCAUGCACCCCGGCAUGCAGUACGGGGAGUACGAAGAACAAAGAACGGCGCGCCAGCCCCUGCCCGCUCAGCAAGCGCCGAACACCUUUGUCGUGCCCGUUCCCGAGGAUCCCAACGCGCGGACGCACCAUCAGAUUGGCUACUCGCCGCGAGAAGCGAAUCGUUCUCAGAUGCGACACAAUCAGGGCCAAGCCGGACAGCAAGCACACUGCAUUGGGACGCCGGGCUCGCAGUACUUCGAGGCUCAGGCGGGACGAUCGCAAGGUCAGCCCGUCCAGCAAGACGCCGAAGGCUCUCGCUUCCAACACCACUCGCCCUACUUCAAUGUUCGCAUGGUCAAUCAACAAACCUAUCCAACUCAGCCCACGCACUAUUACCACAGCGAAGCGCCAAACCAAGCCGACACGGUGCAGUACACCGGCGGUGCCAUGGGCGUGAACGAUUACUCGCAAUGGCCUGUACAUCAGCAGUCGGCCGUUGGAUUAGGACUGGAUGAAUUCCCCGGUACCACUUGGGACGGCGCGAUGUAUGAUACUCAGGCCAUGCAGGGCAUGAUGCAGCAACAGCAAACGAUGCAGUACGGUUUAUGA